ACAUUUAAAUAGUAGAAUGUAACAGCUUUUUUGGCAGAACAAAAAGAUAACAAUAUUUUAUAAGAUAAAUUAAAAAGAAUCAAGCUUAUAAAUCGCAUACAAAUCCAAAAAAGCAUUUGAUGGAAGAAUUAGAAUCUAAUAUCAAAGUAGCAGUUCGUGUGCGCCCGGCAAGUAUUUUUGAGAUCACUAAUGGAUAUAAAACAAUAACAACCGUUCUUGAAGAUAACAUGGUUUGUCUGGAAGAUCCUACUGACAACGAUGACCAGAUUCACGGAAACCGUUCCCGAGCAAAAUCAUAUGUAUUUGAUCAUGCGUUCGGUCCCAGCAGCACGCAGGUUGAAGUUUACAAUCACACUGCUAAACCAUUGAUUGAAUCUGUACUUAAAGGAUACAAUGCAACGAUUUUUGCUUAUGGGCCAACUGGAACUGGGAAAACAUAUACAAUGCUUGGUACUGAUUAUUCACCAGGCAUUAUGGUACUUACACUUAAUGACCUAUACAAACAAAUUGAUCAUACAAGGCAUGAUAAAAAGUAUAAAGUGAAGCUUUCUUAUCUCGAGCUUUACAAUGAAAUGAUACGUGACCUUUUGAAACCAUCGUCUGAGUACUUAGAUCUUCGAGAAAAUAGUAAAGGUGUUCAAGUUGCUGGUCUUACAGAAUAUGAAGUCCUUAGCACAUCACAGGUAAUGGAGAUGCUUUCACGUGGUAAUCGCCAACGCAUGUGUGAACCAACAGCUGUCAAUACUACAUCAUCUCGAUCACAUGCAGUGUUGCAAGUUACAGUGGAGCAGCAAAAUCGCAUUCAUGAUAUAAAAAAUGAAGUAAAAGUCGGAAAGCUGUUCAUGAUUGAUCUUGCAGGAUCAGAAAGAGCAGCAGACACCCAAAACACAGGUAAAAGACUAAUUGAAGGAGCUCACAUAAACAGAUCCCUGCUGGCGUUGGGUAACUGUAUCAAUGCACUUAGUGAAAAAGGAAAAGGUGCAUACAUAAAUUAUAGAGACAGUAAGCUUACACGUUUGUUAAAGGAUUCACUUGAUGGAAAUUGUAAAACAGUUAUGAUAACACAUGUAAGUCCAGCAGACAGAAACUUUGAAGAAACAAGAAACACUUUGUCAUAUGCAGAUAGAGCAAAAUCUAUCAAAAUAAAACCAAAAGUCAAUCAAUAUAAUGUUAAUUAUCAUGUUGCUCAGUAUCAAUCGAUUAUAAAUGAGUUAAAAGAUGAGUUAGUCAGAUUAAAAGGACAGAUGCACUUAAAAUCAAAUCAAAAAUCUGCAGGUGAAACACGAAGUAAAAGUGCAGAGAUUAAAGAAAAGUUAAAAGAAGAAUUAAAGUUAUGUUUUGAAGAACAACUUGAACUAAGGAAAGAAAUAAUUGAUUUGGAAAUGUCAUGUGUCCAAUAUCUUCUUGAAUAUCAGCGAAAACUUCUAAUCAUUGAUGAAUGGGAGCACAACAAAGCAAGGAAUCUAGCACUUGAAAGAAGAGCAAAUGAAAGCAUUCGUGGUGGUUUAAAAAAUCAUGUUAAUGCAUUUCAUGCCAAAGUUUUUAACCAGUUUCAACAAGACAUAAGAGAACCUGCAGAUGUAGCAAUAGCCCGAGAAGAACUACAAAAAAACCAAAUAAUCCAAUAUGAGUUAAGCUUACAGAAAAAGAAACUCAUUGAAAAACUAGAUGAACAAAAGAAUGAACUUGCAUUUUUGGAAGAAUCGUGUCACAAAAAAAUAACAAAUGAAGAACACAAGGAAGUUUUAAAUAUGCUUUGUAAGCUGCAUGAGUAUGAGAUAAAAAAUAUAGAAUUGGAAUCUAUUAAAUUAAUGAGGGAAUAUUCGUUAGAACAAAAAGAUUUAAAGAAACAGAGAGAUGAAAUGAGGCAAAAUAUGGCACAUGAAAUUAUUGAGCUUCAAAAAAACAUUAUUAAAAAGAAUAACAUUCAAUAUCCUUUGAACUUGGAUGCUUUGUAUGAGAUUUAUAAGGAAGAGAUUUCCAAAGACAGAGAUAUGGACAUUUUUAUGGAAGUUCAGCGGUUAGGAAGACAAAGUAACGAGUUCAGGCUUCCAUCAUUAAACCCCUCUUCUUCUAAGGCAAUUAUUUCAGCGCAAGAAGGAUAUAAAAGCAAGAUGAUUGAAAACAGAUGGCUUGAACAGCAAUCGUCAAAUCUAAAGAUCAAUAACUCUGAUGCAUUGCGGAGGAAAGAUAAUCGGGUGUCUGUAACUUCCAUAACAUCUGAUAACUCCUCUGUAACUUAUCGAGUUCCAAAUAAGAAACUAUAUUCGUUGUCUGAAGCUUCCUCGACAAUCAGCAACAAUGAUUUAACAGCUUCGCUUACUCAAAAAAAUUUGAUAAAUACUGUCCAUGAAAAUAAUGCUCGACUUGGAAUAUAUAAUCAACAGUUAAGAGAAACAAAUCUUGGUAAAAAGUAUGAAAAUGAUGAUUUAAAGUUUACUAAAAAUGGCGCAAUUGACUUUGAUGGAAAAGAGGAUUUUUCGAUUAAAUCGACAAAAGCAAAUUGGAAAAACAAUUUCAAUAAAAAACUUGAAAGGGAAACAGUAAUGCUGGAAUCAACGGAAAAUGGACGCUCAUAUGGGCUUUCGAAUAAAGAAAGGAACACAGAAUUCAAAUAUACAAAAAAUAAUCAAAUCAACUCACCUACUUUGAUAAAUAGCCGGUUUAAUAAGACAGUUUACACACCAUUAAAGCCAAAUGUUUAUCCAAGUGUAAAGGAUUCCAACGGGAAUUUAUCUGUAAGUGGAACUUCGUUUGCUCCAAAGCCAACAUUGCCAGGUUUUGGAAGAAUAUAGCAAAUCACUGCAUAAUUCUAGGUAACUAGUAAACA